AUGAGUUCUCCGGCAUCCAUCGCCCACGGCCCUGCGCUGGCGGGCACGUUCUGCAACGUCACAUUAUUCGGUAUUCUAUUGAGCCAGUCAUUUUUCUACUUCACUACCUUUACGAAGGACAAACUCGGAAUCAAGCUGUUCGUCGCCGCCUUGCUUCUCGCGGAUACGGUCAACUGUGCGUUUGACAUGUGGUGGAUUUACGACAUACUGGUCAACCGUUUCGGUGAUUUUGGAGCUUUGCAGAGAGGAAACUGGGUCUUCGCAUCUGAUCCCGCAAUGGUUGCUAUCGUCAUCGUGUGGCUCAUAACCGCAGCAGUGUGCGAUACUGCUAUCACGAUAUCGUUGAGUUUGUACUUGAGGCGGCACAAAACAGGGUUCGCGACUACAGAUAGACUUGUCGACAGGAUCAUCAGGACAACCGUACAGAACGGUCUCAUCACGGCCGUCUGGGCUAUCACUGACCUGGUGGUCUACCUUUCAACGCCUACCGGCCUACAUCUCGCCUUCAAUUUUCCGCUCGGUAAACUGUACUCUUGCACGCUCAUGUCAACGUUGAACUCGCGAGCCGGAGGAGGAUAUGAGCGUCCCCGCAUGUUUCCGAACACGACAGAUUCACCGGAGAAGGCACAUGCACUGACGUGCGGACGUCCCCGCAUCACCAGCCCAGAGGUGUUUGUUGACGUGGAGAGACACAAGGUCUCCGACAUGGUGGGAUCCGAGCAAGCGAGCCAGUGUUAA